UAUUUCAGAGACAGGUAGAGCGUUUCCGAGCAGUCGGAAACAAAUAUAUAUAUAUAUUUACGUUUACCAGCUUUACAAAAUGUUUUUUUUCCCCCCAUAUCGAAAUCGCCUUGAUCAACAGGUGUUCACAUUAUGAAUUAGCUGAAAUUAAUCAUCAGCGCACCCAAGUAUUCGUCUCAGGUUGUCAUCGAGCUAAAGACUGUAAGCCAACAUGAGUCCAGAAGGAAAGACCCUGCUCAACAUCAUUAUCCUGGGCUUGGGGUUCAUGGUUAUUUUUACUGCCUUUGGCACCUGCGGGAAUAUUGAACAAACCGUGAUAAAGAGUUUCAACAGUACAGAGUUUCAUGGAAGUGGCUACACAAGCAUGGCGAUUAUCUAUGCCGUAUUCUCUGCGUCUAACCUUAUAGCGCCCUCGGUGAUAGCUGUCAUUGGACCUCAGUUGUCUUUGUUUUUUAGUGGACUUGUUUACAGUGGUUAUAUUGCUGUUUUCAUUCAUCCGUACACCUCGUCAUUCUACACUUUAUCUGUGUUGCUUGGAAUCGCCGCUGCAGUGCUCUGGACAGCCCAGGGGAAUCUGCUCACCAUCAACUCCAAAGAUUCCACCAUUGGGAGAAACAGUGGAAUAUUUUGGGCAUUGAUGCAGUUUAGCUUAUUCUUUGGUAAUCUCUACAUAUUUUUUGCCUGGCGUGGCAAGAGUCACAUAACAGAUAAGGACCGUCAGACGGUUUUCAUCACACUCACGGUCAUCAGCCUGGUAGGCAACUUCCUUUUUUUCCUGAUCCAGCGACCAGACCCAGAACCGGCACCUUCUGAUGCUUCUGAGUCACUUCUACCAGCAGACAUCUCUGAUAGUAACUCUGUGGUUCCAUCCCAGAGUCUGUGCUCUCAAGCAUUCGAGGCAUUCAAGAAAUCCAUACAGCUGGCUAUGACCAAAGAGAUGCUUUUACUGAGCAUACCCUUUGCGUACUCUGGUCUCGAGCUCACCUUUUACAGUGGGGUGUAUGGGACAUGUUUAGGGGCCAUGACUCAAUUUGGAGACGAUGCCAAGGGUCUUAUCGGCCUCUCUGGAAUUUUGAUAGGUGUUGGUGAAAUACUUGGCGGGGGAGUAUUUGGGAUCCUGGAUAAGUGUAAUCGUUUCGGCAGAAACCCGGUGGUGUUUUUGGGCCUGUUCACCCAUAUUGUGGCAUUCUUCCUCAUCUUCCUCAACAUAGCCAGUGAUGCUCCCGUGGCCCCAGAGGAAGGCACACAAAUGCAAGCUUUUAUCCAGCCCAGUGUGACUGUGGCGCUGAUAUGCAGUUUCCUGCUGGGUCUGGGUGAUAGUUGUUUCAACACUCAGCUCAUCAGCAUUGUGGGCUUCUUGUUCAGGGAGGACAGUGCUUCAGCAUUCGCAGUCUUUAAAUUUGUUCAGUCCAUCACAGCUGCGGUGGCCUUCUUCUACAGCAACUAUUUUCUCCUGCACUGGCAGCUGCUCAUUAUGGUGCUGGCGGGCUUCCUGGGCACCAUUACUUUCUUUGUGGUGGAGUGGGGCAUUAUCAGCAGUCGACGGGACUCUGAUUAUGACAGUAUCUGAUAGGAAGAGUUAGAAGGACUGAAGUGCCAGAACGACCAUCUCAUCUCCAGCCAUCAGACACCCAAAAAUGAAACAUCUGUCAUGAUUUACUCACCCUCAGGUUCAUAGGGUGUUGUUUUGUGGAACACGAGGGGAGUUUUCUGAAGAAUCUUCAUGCAGCUCAUUUCACCACAAAGACAGUUCAUAGUGACCACAGAUGUCAAGCACUGAAACGAACAUGAACAUGCCAUAAAAGUGGUCCAUACUACUCAUGCACUAUAUUACAAGUUUUCCGAAGCCCUACAAUUGCUUUGUCUCAGGAACAUAUUGAAAUGUAAGCUGAUAAACUUCCCUCCUGUCAAAGCUCUAAAAUCAAAUCCACAUUCAAACAUGCCGCUUUAACUCUUUGCAUGAGGUUCAGCCAAACUCUAUUGGUCUUUGUAUGUGUCGUAAACGAACACAACUUACCUGUUUGAAUUCAAGGAAUGAGAUUUGCGAGCUGGGGCCUUAGUUGACCUAAAUUUCAGUCUGAUCCUCAAAGAAAACUAUUACAUGACAUCAGACAGAGUGCAUUAGACAUAUUUAUUGGUCCAUUUUGGAGCUUGUCAGAUGUGGUCACUUUGAAUUUUGUUGUGUGUAAUGAGUCCUCUGAAAUUCAGCUUUUUUUGUACCAUGAAAUCCAAAAAUUAGGUUAUGUAAAUGAAGACAGAGGUUUUUUAGGUGAACUACUCCUUUAAGUAGUUAUUGAAGUUCUACUUAAACUCAGUUAUUGUAAAGAAGUCUUAGUGCAAAUGCAAUAAAUCACUUAAAUGUACACUACGCUGUGAGACUAUAGAUGAGAAAUAUGAUUAAAGACUAUUUUAUUUAACUACAAAAUCAGUAUCAGCGUGAAACACUCAAUGCACAGUCAGUAAUUAAAUUAGAAUGUCUUGUUUAUUUGAAUUAUUUUGCCAG